AUGUGCACUUCCUGUCUCUCUCAGGUGAGCGAACGUGUGAGUCACUCUGUCAGUGGCGUCAAAUUCCAGCGCUUUGUCGUGAUUAGGCUUCGCUUCUUAGUCUUUCACUUACGAAAUUCAGGACAUUAAGGACGAUUCAAGGACGAUGCUUCCCUUUUUGGUUUAUAAAUGAGAAAGUAAAGCAAAGUCAGCGUUCACCUACGCGGCCUAGACCUUCUGGAAGACAUUUUUCAGCUAAUUAUUGCCUUCGCUUUCGUUACAGGUGUCGCUAGGAAUCUGAGAGUUAAAGUCUUUAAGAGGUGGUCUUUUAAUUAUGGAUAUACUUCCACCCUGGUUGCUGGUGCUGCUUGUUGGGGUUUUGGGGUGCGCCUCCAGCCAGGAGGUUGGCGAAGAGUGUUUGGGCAAAUUUACGAAAGGCCGUGAGGAUUUUGUGCUGGAUGCCGACGAGUCUGUGAAAGACGGGGCCACCUUUAUCUCGGCCCCCAAACUGAGCAGUGCGAAAGACUGUGUGAUGGCCUGCUGCAAGGAACCCAAGUGCAAUGUGGCCUUCAUGCAAGGAGGUGCUGAGGAGGGCUCUAUCAGCUCUUGCUUCCUAUUUGACUGCCUCUACAAGAAGAAAUAUGUUUGUCGCUUCGUCAGGAAGAAGGGCUUCUUUAACUACAUCCUGGACUCCGUCUAUGACAGCUACCUGGAGUUGGAGGUCCCACCAAAGGAAACUGACCGUCCGCCUGUGGCCAAUGGAGGACAGGACCGAGUAGUCCAACCUCAGGACAGCGUGACCCUGAACGGAGUGGAGAGCAAAGAUGACGAGCGGAUUGUCUCCUAUCAGUGGCAAAUGCUCACAGAGUAUCCUUAUGCCAUCAUUGAAAAAACCAACUUUGACGACCAAAUUAUUGUGUCCAAUCUGACAUCCGGGAUUUACAAGUUCCAAUUGACCGUCACAGACACCAUUGGCCAGUCCGACUCAACCAAGGUCACUGUUCUGGUUCUUACACCUGAGCAAUCUGAACAUCAUUGCAUGGCUCCAAAGAAGAUUGGACCAUGUCGUGGCGCUUUCCCUCGAUGGCACUACAACGCUGCUUCGGAAAAGUGCGAGGACUUUAUAUUUGGAGGCUGCAGAGAGAACCUGAAUAACUAUCUUUCCAAGGACGAGUGCACCAAUGCCUGCUAUGGCACAGAAAAAAGGGGUACCGGUAGAGGUUUACCAGUUCCGGAUCGCCCAGAAAAGUGUGGCGUUGCGUGCACCCCAGAGCAGUUCACCUGUGCAAACGGCUGCUGCUUGGAGCCAGGCUUGGAGUGUGACUCCACCCCUCAAUGUAGCGAUGGCUCAGAUGAACAGAAAUGCCAGGACUUGGACAACACAUUCCAGAUUUUGCUGAAAAUUCCAGUGGAUGAGCAAAAAGUGCGCUGCACUGAGCCUCCCGACACCGGCAGCUGCAGAGACAGUCUCACUAGGUGGUACUACAACCCCCUACAACAGCACUGUUUUCGCUUUAACUACGGUGGUUGCCAGGGAAACGAAAACCGUUUUGACUCUAAGGAGGCCUGCGGGAAGGUCUGCAGAGGCGUGACGGAAAAGGAUGUGUUCGCAAGAAAAGAGGAGUUUGAGCGCAGAGUGUCUGAAAGCCAGACAAGUGUCAUUGCGAUAGCUGCCAUUUUGGGUAUAGCUAUUGUCAUCCUGUUGGGCAUCCUGUUCUACUGCUUUAUGAAGGGAAAGAAGUCCUCGCAGCACCACCGCGUGCCCGUCAACAACCCUCCACUCACCUCCAUAGAAGACAGGGAGCGCCUCGUCUACAACAGUACUACCAAGCCCAUCUGACCCCUUCAGCUGUGAUCCCCAGUCAGUACGAUAAAUGACACCAUCGGCCAGAGCUGUGUCAUUAACUGAAUGAACUCUGAUUGAUGAGAGAGACAACAAUGUUCAUGUUCACCACAAGAGUGGAACUGUUAUAAUAGUGUAUGUAAAGUGUUUGUUUUUUUAAAGGCAGUGUACGCAGGAGGCAGUGAGUCUUUAACCUUGUUGAAUUAUUUGAUUUUGUUUAAGCUUGUUUUAAUACGUCUUGUUACACAGUUUGUUUGACUAACAGUUUCUAAUUAGAUUAACAGGAAAUUAAAUGUAUUAUAUUUGAUAGAAUACCACUCUACACUUAAUCCCUAAUAUGUUCUGUUACUUCACAGUAAACCUAAACAUUGUUAAAACUGCAUUCUUUGAGUUUUAUGUAAUGUCUCUUUUAAUUUACUGACUUCUCAAGAUCAGAUUUGUUUUUAUCUUCUAAACAUAUGUUACUCCAUUGGAUGAUCUGAAAUAUAUAGGGGUAAUCCAUAAUCUUGAUCUUAAUAUAGUUUGUAGAAGGAAUGUUGUUUAGUGUUUCAAUAUGUUUUUAUAAUAAACAUAAUGCAUUCAUGAUAAUUGAUUGCAAAAUAAAGCACACUUGCUUGUCAACUGGCACAGAUUGUCUUAAGCCAUAUGGUUGUGUUGAUGUCAAAUAAAGA